UGCUUGCGCUCGCACGCCCCCGACCGUACCCAUUGCUGUUGCUCCUCUCGUUCCUACGUGCCCCGUCUGAAACACCCAGUUAGACUUGGCCAACCGCACCCAGCCUACGGCAACGCGAGCCCUGGCUUAAAUUCCUCCAGAACCAGAUCCAACCAAAUCUCAUCGCCUUCAACAUUCCCCCCUCAGUGUCGCUGUUGUUCUACGCCGCUAAGCCGGCCAUCCAAGCUCGUCUAUGCCCCUCUGCCAACACCCUUACCGCAACGCCCGUGUGUGGCCUCGACACCUGAUACCGAAUCUUGUUAAUAGCGUAGCCGUCGGCCGCCUCUCGACCAGUCCGUCCAGCUGCCAGUCACCCUCACCCUCUUCACCACCAAGUUUAUGCCUUUAGUAUACGCGCAUAGUCUGCUUCCAACGCACAACCACUAUAAAACCCAGCCUGAUCGAUCGAUCCUGAGCGAGUUUUUCCCCACCAGACUCGAAUAACCAGACAUAGUGCGAGCGCUGCAUGCGCUGCUAAAGUAUCGCACCGCGUUUCCCCAGCCUCAAUAACGUCUGCGGUCGCCCGUGCGCCAUCAACAUAAUGACGUCUGCCGUCACCCCAUCCAAGCCACCGAACCAGCAACUUCAGAUGAGCCAACCACAGCCUUCAUCCCAGGCUCCCGUAACUCCUGCAUCGCCGCCGAGUAAGCGAGCUGACCUCAAGUCAUGGUGGAAGAAAUUCCAGGUUCAACCUACUAGGCAUCAAGAGGCACGAGAGACGCGACCUCAGGGCAUCUUCGGUGUCCCGCUCCGACAAAGCAUUACCUAUGCGAAUGUUGCUAUUUCUCUCAUUGAUGAGAACGGCCAGAGCUAUAUAUAUGGAUAUGUGCCUAUUGUGGUCGCUAAGUGUGGCGUGUAUCUCAAAGAAAAAGCUACAAGCAUAGAGGGAAUCUUUCGUCUCAACGGCUCUGAGAAGCGUAUCAAGGAGCUCAAGAUCCAAUUCGAUUCUCCGGACCGCUACGGUAAAGGUCUUGUGUGGGAUGGAUACACAGUCCACGAUGCUGCCAACGUCCUUCGACGUUAUUUGAAUGACCUUCCUGAACCAGUCGUCCCAUUGGAUUUAUAUGAGCGUUUCCGAGAGCCACUACGGGGUCACACCAAACAAGCCGUAGGUGAUAAUGAAGGUACUCAAUUGCUUGAAAACUUCGACCAACACGAGGCUGUUGUGAAGUAUCAGGCUUUGAUUAAGGAGCUGCCUCCUUUGAAUCGUCAGCUGUUGCUCUAUAUACUAGAUUUGCUUGCGGUAUUCGCUGCCAAAUCAGAUGAAAAUCGCAUGACAGCUCAAAAUCUCGCUGCCAUCUUCCAACCAGGCAUGCUGUCCCACCCUCAACAUGCCAUGGCCCCCGAGGAGUAUCGUCUCAAUCAAUGUGUGAUCAUAUUCUUGAUUGAACAUCAAGACCAUUUCUUGAUUGGUAUGCAAGGGACUGGCACUGACGAACAAACAAAACGGGAGAUUGAGAAGGGAACACCCAGAAUCGUUGCCCCUAGUACACCUAAUCGUCAGACUGGCGUGGUACGCUCCGUAUCUAAUGCUAGUGCUGGCGCAGAAAGCGUUACAAGGGACGGCACCAUACGGAGAAACCGCUCUACUUCAUCACGCCAUUCACGAUAUUCGAACGGGGCAUCGACACCCAAUAGUCCUUCAAUAAACUCUCCUGGAAGUGGCUUGGGAAGAAGCAAUACCCUGCCAUCCAAAAAGUCACCCCUCGUACAAAACGGUCGAUUUCCAUCCCGACAACAUUCUCCGGGUGUGGGAGUAACGCCAAACUCCCCCUCACCUUUACCUUCUCCCAAUCCUAAUGCUGUUGAUCUGUUAGCAGUAAGCGGAAAGACUGCCACCCCUUCUGAAAAUUCUCUAGCAGUCCCAAAUUUGCCUGUAGCAGGUAUAUCUAAUACUGGUCAUGAAGAUACAGUUGCAGGCAGAAGUCAAGAAAGACUACUAGGGCCUCCCAGCAGUAACUUGACACCAUCGAAAGAAAGGAACUUGCAAAGUCUCUUUCAACGCUCGCCGAAUUCAGACAGUGAAAAGCGGCAGCCUAACAAGCUGCGUAAGAAACGAAUGAUUAGCAGCGCGAAUCCUAGUGCUCAAAGCUCAACCACCUCUUUGCCCCAUUCUGGUGUUGGGUCUCCUACUGCCGAAACCUCUGAUCCCCUUGAAAAGGUUACCCAUAUGGAACCAAUAAUACCUGAGAACAGUGCCUCCGUUGAAACCCCUUCCGGAUCCACGCCAAGAGCAUCUCAGCUGGCCCCGGCAGGACCCCCAGCUAGCACUAUUGACCAUGCUGUAGAGUCCCUUAACCCCAAGCAUUCACAGCCUACGUCGUUACACUCGUCCUUUAACGAAGGCUCAGAUAUAGAUCAGCACGAGGAAACAGUUCAUGCAUCAUCGGCCGAGCUUGGUGAAAAGGAAAAGAAGCGUCGCUGGCGCAUUUCACGGCGCAGGGAAGACUUCUCGGGCCCUUUAGGGCAUAAUAGUCAUGCAGAAAUGAGCAGUUCAACUGUUGGGAGCAGUAACCGUCCGCGGAAGAGUUGGACUGGUGACUCAUCAGAUGUUGCGGCAGCCUGGACCGACACCGAGGGUGCAGCGCGGGAGAAAGACGACAGCAAAGGGCCUCUAGGAUGGAUUAAACACAAAUACCGUGAGGCUAAAGAGACUGUUGAUAAACGCGCCAAGUCUCCCCCAGAGCAUAACCAUGGGUUUCUGCCUACACGAAGUAAAAGCAUUGAUGCAAAGAGGAGCAUGGAUGAAAAAAGACCAGCCGCCGCCCAUUCACCUAAACUAGAGUCAACCGAACCGAGCACAUUGCCAACUACCAGGGAAGUGCCGCUAUCAAAUCCUUUACCCCCUGUACAAUCAACCACCCAUAUCGAAAAGUCGACUGGCUCGUAGAAAGUCGGUAGAACAUAUCUUGAUUGAUUUAUUUAGCCGAGGCAAACGACACCGUCAAAAUUGAAUGAAAUACCUGAUUCUAAGUCUAGUUCAAUAAUAUCAAUAACAUCUACCUAAAGGCACACACGUUUAUGGUAGAGCGGCCCAUAUCAUGUCCUAAGUGUCAGCCGUAUUGUUAGGCGUCCAUGGUUGUCAAGGAAAAGAAGGAAAAGGCGACAAUUGUGUUUUUUACUUUGUUUCUUGAUACAUGGAGACCAGCUUAUAUAUUUUGGCGCGUGAUAUUGACGCCCUUGACCCGUACACAUAGCCUGGCCAUCAGCUCGUUUAAUCUCUGGAUACCCCUUUCGUCUACGACUUGGCCGCAAUCCGCCCUUCUUGUAAUGCCGAAUCUUCGUUACCGGCCUCUGUGCUUUCAUAAUUCCAUCAUAUUCUCCCAGGGGGGUUGACAUGGCCAUCAUAGACGCAGAAGACUGCUAGAUAAUCCUGGAGAUGGUCAGGCACACACUUUUUUCAUGUUACAACAAGUUUUGGGGGAGCGAAAUCUCGGGAUACUCGUAUCUUCAUUGUGCUGUAUUUAAGCAAUAUUAUUAUAUAUACUUCCAGUACUUUUGACGAGAAUCUACGGUCUACGAGUUGCAAUUAAGAAAUCUUAUAGGAAGGCAGUAAUUAUUGGGCAUUGUACAGAAUUAGCAGAUUAUCUUCGAUAUAAAAGAUACUGAUUUCC